CCGAACAAAGCGCGGGAAUCCUCGGAGGGCACCGCGAUGAGCCAGCAGAGCCUGCAGCUCAGGAGGAAAAGCGGGCCUCGUGGCGCUGGUUGGCUGGCAGACAGCCGCCGCUGUUACUCAGACGCCGGCUCGGGCGUGGGGCUGCCGCUCUCUGCAGCCAGACGCUGCCCUGCUCGCCUGCCAGCCCCAGAGGAAAGCCGGGAGGAAGCGCUGCAGGGCGGCCAGACGAUGCAGCUCGGCUUUGGGCGGUAGGCAUGAUCCCCUUAGAGAGCUCAAGAUGUCUUUCAAGAAGGAGACACCACUUGCAAAUGCUGCAUUCUGGGCUGCAAGGAAAGGAAACUUGGCACUGCUUCAGCUGUUGUUGAAUAGUGGGCGUGUCGACGUGGACUGCAAAGAUUGUCUUGGUUCAACAGCCCUUAUGGUAGCAUCAUACUAUGGCCACAAAGAAUGUGUGCGAGAACUGGUGCAGCAAGGAGCUGAUAUUAAUCUUCAGAGAGAGACUGGAGCCACUGCCCUAUUCUUUGCUGCACAACAAGGCCACAAUGAUAUAGUGAAGUUACUCUUUGAAUAUGGAGCUUCCACAGAAUUCAAAACCAAAGAUGGUGGUACUGCUUUGCUAGCUGCUUGUCAAUAUGGGCACAUGAGAGUGGUGGAUACCUUACUAAAGCAUGGGGCCAACAUACAUGAUCAGCUUUAUGAUGGAGCUACUGCACUUUUCCUGGCUGCUCAGGGAGGUUAUCUGGAUUUAAUUCGGUUAUUACUAUCUUCAGGAGCAAAGGUCAACCAGCCAAGGCAGGACGGGACAGCUCCAUUGUGGAUAGCUUCCCAGAUGGGACACAGUGAUGUAGUGCGAGUGAUGCUCCUCCGAGGAGCAGAUCGAGAUGCUGCAAGACUUGAUGGCACAACUGCUUUACUUAAAGCUGCAACCAAAGGAUAUAAUGAAGUUAUAGAAGAAUUACUUAAAUUCUCUCCUGCACUUGGCAUCCUGAAGAAUGGGACAUCUGCCCUUCAUGAAGCAGUUCUUGGUGGCAAUAUUAGAGCAGUAGCACUACUCUUAGAAGCAGGAGCAGAUCCAAUACUCAAAAACAAGAAAAAUGAAUUGCCUUCAGAUCUGACAAAAAAUGAGCGCAUUCUACGUCUCCUGCAAUCUAGAGCAAAACACAGGAAGAGUUAAUAUCCCUUGACAUCUUGAGACAGAUGAUGAAUCCUAUCCAUAUUAGGUUUCAAAGUUUAGAAGUGAAAAAAUGUUGAGAUUCAAGUAUUUCCUGUCUCUUACUCUGUGAACGAAGUCAGGUUCUUCAUGGAAUGGUAGAUUUAAGAUCUGUUAAUUUGCUAUGGUCACCAGCUUUUAGUUGCUGGCUUUGGAGUAGGGAAGACUGGUUCCACAUUAUACCUUUCCUGAAAAGCAGGUCUUAUUCUACUAGAAAAAGACUCUUUCCUUUAGUAUACUGUAUCUUUGAAGUACAUUUCCUAAUUUGUCUUCAAAAUUGUAAUAGGUAGUAAUGCAGGAAAACAUACCUCUGCUAUUGUUGCUGAACUACAACUGGCAACAACUAGAUGGAAAUUAUGAGGGGUACUGGGAAUUACACUUAUUUAAUAACUUGCAGGUCACAUAUUAUCCUAAUUGUUCUAACCAUUUUUUUAAAAAAAAAUGUUGCAUAGGCUUGUUUUCUGUAAGUUAUUUUAGAUGUUGAGAUACAUAAGUGCCUCUCAAUAGGUUAGCAUCCUAUGACGUGUCUGGCUUCUUUGCAGUGAUUAGACUACUUUCAUUUUACACACACACAGAAAGAGAGAGACAGGGACUUACACAGAGAUACCAACACACAUAAUACUUAAUUUCCUUUUGUAUAAUUUAUUAUUGUUAACCUCAGAGACUUCUAUGCAGAUUUCCUAUUAUGUAUAUCAUUUUGGUUUUUGUAUAUUUUUUCCAUUAAGCAUGUGUAAAAUCAUCACUCAUAAUUUUUUUAUGAAUUACAAUGUAAAUUCAUGUUUUUACAUCUAGGAAAAGUAAAAUUUAUGGAUUGCAUUUUGUCACACAUUUUAUGCAUUACAACAGAUUUAAUGGAUGCCAAAUAGUUUUUGAAAAUCUGCUGAAUGUACAUUGGGAGCAGGCCAAUAAAGACAUGAAAUAAGGAUUAAAUAGAAUUACUUUCAUUUAGACAGUUCUGUGUAAUGAACAUUUCUCAUAUUAGGACAUGUUUACCAAAUAUUUUAAUGGAGACUAUUAUGGACAUAUUAACAUGCUUCUUUUCUGUUUCAAGAAUCCCGGCCAUAUAAUGUAAUAUACAAUUCUCAUCUACUAAAUUGCUGAAGUGCUAGAAAAACAUGGUAACGUUCAAGGGUAGAUUUUUGGGGCAGACAUCUAGGGCCCUGCUCAGCAUAAUGAGGAUAUUUUCCAAAUGAUCCUUCUGCUAUGUGAACGUUGUUUUUUCUGAGUAAAUACAUAGAUGACUGUGUUGUGGGUGAACUAAAUACUACUAUCUAAAGAACCCUUUUCCCUGUAAGAUCAUUAAGCUCCAGUAAAAUUAUUAUGGCCAAAGACUAAUUUCUUAAGUUCUGCAUCACUGAGCAGAAGUACUAAAAAUAGUGAACAAAUAAAUAAGUACGGAUCUUCUAUGACAUCUUCAUCCUUGCCAACAUAUAUUAGCCAUAAAAUACAUAUAUAAACAAUGCAUUUAUUUUUUUAUUUAUGAGCCUUUGUGUAUUGGUUGUAUGCCAUUGACUGAAGAUCAGUUUAUAGGUCAUAUACAAUAUCAAUUAGGAUCAUUGAGGUGAAUAAAUUGUGCUUUAUAGAGUCUUUUUGUGUUUGAUAAUUGCAGUAGCAAACCAAAAAUAACUGUAUAGUAUGCAGUCUUCCUUUCAUGUUUACAGGUACCAAAAUGUAAUGCAGCUGCAAAGAAAGAAAUGAUUAAAAUAAAGAAAAUAAAUGCAA